CCGCUCCAAAUGACUAAGACUUUGACCCACUUCUCCGGACAACGUAUCGAUUUAUUGUGGAUUCAAAUGCUCGUCUCUAACGAUUUCCUCUUGGGUUUCCGUGUUACAACCAGUAGUCCAUUUCUCGCUCCUCCAGACUGCGGAAGUCUAGUUCUAAAGCGACAAUACGAAAAUGGUGACUUACUCUAUAGUAUCCCAUCAUAUUUUAAUUAUCGACUUUAUUCCACUCUACAGCGUGAAUGCAUCAGUAUCCAUGUCGGUCAGGCUGGUGUACAGAUUGGCAAUGCAUGCUGGGAACUUUAUUGCCUUGAACAUGGAAUCCAACCAGAUGGUCAGAUGCCUACUGAUCAAACCGUCGGCGGUGGUGACGAUUCGUUUAAUACAUUCUUCAGCGAGACAGGGGCUGGGAAACACGUUCCUCGGGCCGUUUUUCUUGAUUUAGAGCCAACUGUCGUGGAUGAGGUGCGAACAGGAACCUACCGACAACUAUUCCAUCCGGAACAACUUAUAACGGGUAAAGAGGACGCGGCGAACAACUAUGCACGGGGUCAUUACACAAUUGGUAAAGAAAUCGUUGACCUAGUAUUGGAUCGGGUGAGGAAAUUGGCAGAUCAGUGCACUGGUCUCCAAGGGUUUCUGAUUUUCCAUUCCUUUGGUGGCGGUACUGGAUCUGGUUUCACCUCACUACUCAUGGAGCGACUUAGCGUUGACUACGGGAAGAAAUCGAAACUGGAGUUCUCUGUUUACCCAGCUCCACAGAUUUCUACCGCAGUCGUGGAGCCAUACAAUUCCAUUCUAACGACGCAUACCACUUUGGAGCAUUCGGACUGUGCAUUCAUGGUUGACAACGAGGCCAUUUAUGAUAUUUGUCGACGAAACCUGGAUAUCGAGCGGCCAACAUACACAAACCUCAAUCGACUCGUCGGUCAGAUUGUCAGCUCUAUCACCGCCUCCUUACGCUUUGACGGUGCCCUCAACGUCGAUUUAACGGAAUUUCAAACCAACCUGGUGCCCUAUCCCAGGAUCCACUUCCCGUUGGCAACCUUCUCACCUACCAUUUCUGCGGAGAAGGCCUACCACGAGCAACUUAGUGUCGGCGAGAUUACCAACGCUUGCUUUGAACCAGCUAAUCAGAUGGUCAAGUGUGAUCCGCGUCAUGGAAAGUACAUGGCGUGUUGCAUGCUAUACCGUGGUGAUGUUGUGCCCAAAGACGUUAAUGCUGCAAUAGCAACUAUCAAGACCAAGCGUACAAUUCAGUUCGUAGACUGGUGUCCAACCGGGUUUAAAGUUGGUAUCAACUACCAGCCACCAACAGUUGUACCUGGUGGGGACCUAGCCAAAGUACAACGCGCUGUGUGCAUGUUGAGUAAUACUACUGCGAUUGCUGAAGCAUGGGCUAGAUUAGACCACAAGUUUGACUUGAUGUAUUCUAAACGUGCAUUCGUCCAUUGGUAUGUUGGUGAGGGUAUGGAAGAAGGCGAAUUCUCAGAGGCGCGAGAAGAUCUGGCCGCUCUUGAGAAAGAUUACGAAGAAGUUGGUGCUGACAGUGUGGAGGCCGAAGGAGAAGAGCUGGGUGAGGAAUAUUAGAAGCAAAGAGGUUUCAAACUUUUUUCCAUGACAUCACUAAGAAGAUAUAGAAACUUUAAGGUUCGUUUCACAGCAUUACCUUUGGCAUGCAUCCUGUCCCAAUCAUUCAGUGCCUACGUUCCUUGUGUUAACAACUUUGAGCUAUCCGUUGGCAGCUGCACCAAGCCGCUUUCAAUUCCAUGUACCUAAGUCCCAUCGUGACCUCUAGUCAUCUAUGUGGGUUUAGUAACUCUGGUGAAUGAAGACCCCACCACGAGACUGGUUCAGUGCAGAGAGCUUGAAUUACACUGACAUUUACAUCAAAUCUUCCUUUUCCAUUUU